AUAUGGCAUGUUUACGUAGGGGCACGAUGUUUUAUAAAUCUGUGUAGUAAUGAGAAUGAUAGCCUCACCUGGGUACUGAGUAAGCAUUCCAGUGAGUACUAAGUAUAUAGAGGGCUAAGAAAUCUUGGAAAACUCUGAAAUUCGAAGACCAAGUCGAACAACUAAGUAGCUAACCAAUACUCAAUCAUCGUUAUGCGCUCCUCACAUAUUGCAACGAUCUCCUACGUGGCCGCUUUGGCAGAAGCUUGCACCCAGUGUGUCCAUCCAGGGAACUUCACCGGAGCAGUGAGUCUAUAUUGGAACACCACGAAGAUCUGUGUUGAAACUUUGCCCAAUAUCGCUGCAUCUAUUCCUGCUUCUUUCUGGACUCCUCACGAUGAGGCCCCUUGCGCCAUGGCAAUUACUGUUACCAACCCUAAUACGGGGAAGAAUGUGGUCGCUACUGUCGUCAGCCAAGAAACCGAUGCGGUUGGCGAUGCCAUUCAGUUGACUACUGCCGGAUUGGCAGCCCUUGCCCCUGACGCCGACCCCAACCAUGCCCCAGCCACUGUUGAUUGGACUUUCAAUGGAUGAUGUCUCGAGCACCCGGAACAGGUCGCACGCAGCAUUGUCAGACUGCAAAGAUUGGGGCACAUCAUGCUGGCCUGAAGGCAGCACCACCAGCUUUAUUGCUCAAGACCAUAAACAAUGUUAGCAAACAAUGAAAUCUAUCCCGCUUCCUCAUGCAUCAAGGGUC